GAAGUUAACACACAAAAUUUCUGUAUAAACUGAAGGUAUUCUUUGCCUUGACAAAGCCCUCAUGGGAGUGAUCCAAGUAGAUCCGAAGGAGAUGCUAGUUGAAGGAAUUAGGAAAGAACUAGUCAACAAUGUUUCAAGGUUCCUUCACUCUGUCUUUAUCUUCAGCACCAAAGGUGAUAAUAAUGAACUUCAGAAUAAGCUAAGCAAACUUACUGCAAAAUUUAAAGAUCUCAAGAAAUCAUUCGAAUAUAUCCAAGAUUUUCUCAACAUCCAUGCUGAGCAAAUUUGGAGAGAAGAAGUCUCUAGAAUUUUCAGAUAUAGUCUUGACAAAGAAGGAAUGAAUGUAAUCACCAAGAAGAUGGAAGUGAACAGCCUUGAUAUGGGUAUUCUAAUCCCUCGAUAUCCAACUCCAGAGAAUGAUAAAAGCCCUAGUUUCCUUGGAAGAAUGAUGAACCAGCUUGCUAGUAUCUUAUCACCAGAUAAGGUGCUCUAUCUUGACCAAGUCAGUAACUUCUACUCAACAGAGACUGGCAGACAAGUGUUUGGGCUCAGAAAUGUAGUAGCAUUAGAAAAAGAUCUAGGAAUAAUCUAUAUUCAGAGCCUUGAUCAAAUGCUCAGCUACAGAAUAGUCAAUGAUGUCAAAGUAUUCAUCAGAGAGUACGGCCGAAUGAUCGGUGGAGGAAGAAUCAAGAAACAGGAUAGUGUAAAAUCUGGAACUAGAGUUGAAAAUCUUAAGCAUACUUUAAAGACAUUUGAAAGAGGAAUUCCUGACUUCUAACUGCUACAGAAGCCCAAUAUAAAGAAUAUUCCCUUCUCAUG